GGCGCGGAAGCAAGGUUCAUGUUUUAGACAGAGGAUAGGAGAGAGGAGAGAGAAAGCUCUGCAUCUGCGUUUUCUCUCUUCCCCAUUGGAUCUCACUCCAUUGGACCUAGUGAGAGAGGUGGACUUUUUAGAGAGACAACCAGUAAGGUAGAGUUUUAGAGAGAGAUUAAGGAGAGGGGAAUAGGAGAGAGAAGCAUUUUGAUCUCUGUUUUCUCUUUCUAUUGGAAACUAGUGAGAGAAGGGGGAGAAUAAGGAGAGAGAGAAAUAAAAGCGAGAAAGCUCUGCAACUCUGUCUUCUGUUUCUAUUUCCAUCGAAAAUUAGUGAGAGAAAGAGAUGGUUGCAGGCUGUUUCUCGUCUGAUAGUAUAGUGGUGAAAGCCCCCACUGAUAAGCGUCUUUACAGGAUACUCUAUCUCCCUAAUGGCCUCUGCGCCCUUCUGGUCCAUGACCCUGAGAUUUUGUCAGAAGACCAGAGUUCUGAGCUCUCUUUAACUGAAAAAUCACAAAAAAGUGAUGAAGCACUUGAAAGUUUCAGUGAAGAAGAAGAAGAUGAAGGAGAAGGAGAAGGAGAAGAAGAAGGAGAAGAAGAGGAGGAGGAUGAAGAAGAAGAAGAGGAGGAUGAAGAAGAAGAAGAAGAAGAUGAUGAUGAUGAUGACGAAGAGGAUAAUGAAGAGGAAGGAGAAGAAGAUGGAGAAGAAGUAUUCAAGAAAAAAGGGAAAAAGGGUUAUAGUCCUGGUGUUUCGCCGACAAAAAAGGCAGCAGCAGCUAUGUGCGUUGGUAUGGGAAGCUUUUCAGACCCUCUUGAUGCACAGGGUCUUGCCCAUUUUCUAGAACAUAUGCUUUUCAUGGGGAGCGCUGCAUUUCCAGAUGAGAAUGAGUACGAUAGUUACUUGGCGAAGCAUGGAGGUUCCUCGAAUGCUUACACUGAAACUGAGCAUACUUGUUACCAUUUUGAAGUUAAUCGGGAAUUUCUCAGGGAUGCCUUGAAAAGAUUUUCUCAGUUCUUUAUUUCACCACUAGUGAAGGCUGAAGCUAUGGAACGUGAGGUUUUGGCAGUGGAUUCAGAAUUCAAACUGAACCUACAGAGCGAUGGUUCUCGCCUUCAACAACUACAAUGCCACACGUCAACUCCAGGGAACCCCUUCAACAAAUUCUUUUGCGGGAACAAGAAAAGCCUUAUGGAUGCAAUGGAUAAAGGCAUUGACAUGCGCGAGCAGAUUUUGAAGUUGUAUGAAGAGACCUACCUUGGUGGCCAAAUGAAAUUGGUAGUCAUUGGUGGAGAAUCUCUGGAAACCCUGGAGAGUUGGGUGGUGGAGCUAUUCAGUGAUGUCAGGGAAGGUAAUCGCUUGAGGGAUAAUUUUAAGAACGGGCCAAUAUGGGAUGCUGGUAAAUUAUACUGGUUGGAAGCUGUCAAAGAUAUACAUAUUCUCAAUUUAACUUGGCAAUUGCCAUGUCUUGAUAAAGAGUAUCUGAAGAAGCCACAGGACUACUUGGCUCAUCUUAUCGGGCAUGAGAGCAGUGGCAGCUUGCAUUCUUUUCUCAAACGUAAAGGGUGGGUGACUUCUUUAUCAGCUGGUGUUGGAGAAGAAGGAGUCUACCGAUCUUCUAUAGGUUAUAUAUUUGUUGUAUCAAUAUAUCUCACCGACUUAGGCUUAGAUAAGGCAUUUGAGGUAGUUGGGACUGUUUAUCAGUAUCUUAGAUUGUUAUGCCAAGCAGGUCCACAGUCUUGGGUAUUUAAGGAGCUCCAAGAUAUAGGGAAUAUGGAAUUUAGAUUUGCAGAGGAGCAACCUCAGGAUGAGUAUGCGGCAGAGCUGGCAGAGAACUUACUUUUAUAUCCAGAGGAACAUAUCAUCUAUGGGGAUUAUGCUUUUGAAGUAUGGGAUGAAAGAUUGGUGGAACAUGUUUUGAGCUUCUUAUCACCAGACAAUAUGAGGAUUGAUAUAUUAUCUAAGUCCUUUGAUAAGAAACCGGAAGUUGUCAAAUAUGAACCAUGGUUUGGUUCUCGAUAUACCGAAGAAUCCAUCCAGCCAUCUCUUUUAGAACUGUGGAGAAACCCCCUGGAAAUUGACCCAUCACUGCAUUUGCCUCAAAAGAAUGAGUUUGUUCCUUGUGACUUCUCCAUUCGAAGUUCCCAGGAGUCAGAGGAUCGAGGGGUUUCAGAGAUUCCAAAAUGUAUUAUUGAUGAGCCAAAUAUGAAGCUAUGGUACAAGCUGGACACAACGUUCAAAGUCCCACGUGCAAAUACCUAUUUUUUGAUAACUGUAAAGGAAGCUUACACCUGCAUAAAACAGUGUGUUCUAACUGAGUUGUUUGUGAGUCUUCUUAGAGAUGAGCUGAAUGAGAUUUUGUAUCAGGCUGAUGUGGCCAAGCUGGAGACCUCGUUAUCAAUAUCAGGGGACCGGAUUGAGGUAAAACUUUACGGGUUCAAUGAUAAGCUUCCAACUCUUCUAUCCAAAAUCUUGAGUAUAUCAAGAUCAUUUCUGCCAUCUGAAGAUCAUUUUAAGGUUAUUAAAGAGAAUAUGGAGAGAACAUUUAGAAACUCCAAUAUGAAGCCUUUAAAUCAUUCCUCGUACUUGAGACUGCAAGUCCUUCGUAACAAAUUCUGGGAUGUUGAUGACAAGCUUUCUUGCCUUGCUGAUACAUCUCUUAGUGAUCUUAAAAACGUUAUUCCCAGGCUUCUUUCCCAGUUAUAUAUUGAAGGUAUAUGCCAUGGCAACAUUUUAGAAGAAGAGGCACUUAAUAUUGCCAAUAUAUUCAGAGAUAUCUUUCCAGUACCACCAUUACCAAAAGAAUUGAGACAUGAAGAAAGAGUUUUGCAUCUACCAUCAGGCACCUGCCUUAUUCGAAAUGCUAAUGUCAAGAAUAACUCAGAAGUUAACUCUGUAGUCGAGCUUUAUUUUCAAAUUGAGCCUGAUAAGGGUGUGGAGUCGACUAGAUCAAGAGUCAUGGCUGAUCUUUUUGAAGAAAUUAUAGGGGAACCAUGCUUUAAUCAAUUAAGGACCAAAGAGCAGCUUGGAUAUGUUGUUGAGUGCGACCCACGAAUGACAUUUCGGGUGAUUGGGUUUUGCUUCCGUGUCCAGUCAUCACGUUAUGGUCCGCUCUAUUUACAGGAACGAGUUGACAACUUCAUUGACAAAUUGCAAGAAGUACUGGAUGGACUUGAUCAAAGAUCAUUUGAAAAUUACAGAAGUGGUUUGAUUGCAAAAAAGCUGGAGAAGGACCCAUCCCUUUCAUAUGAGACCGACCACUAUUGGGGACAAAUAUUUGAUAGGAGGUACUUGUUUAACAUGUCGAAAAUGGAAGCCGAGGAGCUGAAACGAAUAGAGAAAGAGGAUGUUAUUGAGUGGUACAAUGCUUACUUUAAGGGCGAGUCUGAGAAGUGUUGUCGGCUUGCUAUUCAUGUAUGGGGGUGCACCACCAACAUGGAAGAAGGUAAACAAGAACAAGCCAAGUAUGGCUGGGUCAUUGAAGAUCUUGAGGCAUUCAAGUUAUCAAGCAAAUUCUAUCCAAGCUUAUGUUGAUUGAAAGCAAUUUUGGGAAUGUUAUUGAUUUUGUUGGGAGACGUUAAUUCGUUUCUCCUCAUGAGAGAUGUGUGUGUGUGUGUGUGUGUGUGUGUGUGUGAGAGAGAGAGAGAGAGAGAGAGAGAGAGAGAG